UCCGCCUGGCUCCAGCGAGGGAGUCACACGCACAGGCCAGCGCUGGCCACCGGCUACCCAGAGCCACCCCCGGCGCAGGCGGCUCCAGCAGCAGCCGGAGAUGCAGCGAAUAAAUCUCUCGCCGCCGGGGAUGCUUCGGGGCGGCUCCAGGCUGGCGCACGGCCGCUGAGGAGCCCUCUGCCCCGGCGUCUCUGGUGGGCCGGGGCCGCUCGGGGGGGGGACGGCCCAGGGACCCCCAGGGGAACAGCUGCGGUGGGCUGAGGAUGGACUCCGGGCGGCGGGGAGCUGCGGUGACAUCUGAGGCCGGGAGCCGGCGCGCAGACAAGGUCUAGGGCAGGCCAGCCCUCGGUGAUGGAAUACCGCCCCCGGCCGGACUUCCAGCCCCACCUGACGUCGCUGCCGUACCGAGCGGAGAGCCAGCAGAUGGGGAUCCUCACCGUGGGCGGGCCCCAGGCCCUGGGGGACAGGCCUUGCCGAGCGAGGCAUCAUGUGGCUGUCUGCAAGCAGGAGAGUUUGUCCUUCAUGGAGCUCCCCAACCUCCAGCCUCCUAGUCAGGGGGACUUUAGUCUCGUCCCGUGCUCCUCAGAGGGCUGGGGGCUCCUCAGCUCCCACAGCAGCCCCAUGGAUGGGUGGGGAAGCCUGCAGCUGAGCCCCGAAGGCUGGCCCCCGUGCCAUCACAGCUACCCAGACUUCCACCCCAGGCUGGGCUGGAUCCCAGACUCCGGGGUCCCCUUGGGAGGCAAUGCUGCAAGCGGGAGCUCUGGGACUCACCCAGGGGUGGCAGGGAUCGCUGUCCCCCAGGGACGGCAGGGGGUGGGGAAGGCAGACAGCCAGUCUCACGGCACCACCUCCAAGCCAUGUUCGCCCCACAGCAACUCUUUUCUCCACGACAUUGUCAAUGGGCCCACGAGCCUCCCGCUGCUGCCUGAGUCCCAGGGGCGAGGAUCUCACAGGGUGGAGAAGGAGAAGCUGGCCUGGAGGAAGAUCAGGGUCUACUCCCCCGAGACCCUCAGCAACACAUCCCCCAGCCUGGAUGGAGAUGCCGUUUUCCCGGGGUCCCCAGUCCACGAGGACGGCAGGGCCGCGGGGGAGCUCGCGCUGCGGGGGAUGGAGCCGCUGGGCCUGAGGCCGGCUCCUGAGGGGCCUCCGCACGCGGUGCCCGAGACACUGGACCUGGCGCUGCCCCCGUGCUCGGCUGGCCGGAGCGCCAAGGGCUCGGCAGAGCAGGAGAGGCGGCGCUUCUCGGCCUCGGAGCUCAUGAACAAACUGCAGCUGGCUCAGCGCAGGGCCACCUUCUCCCUCAAGCUGAGCAAGUCCCUCUCCUCCAGGAGCGCUUCCAAGGAGAAAGGGGCUUGGGCAAGCCAGGAAGGUAAACUGAAUGGAAGGGAUCAGAGCCGCAGCAGCACAGGCAGCGAUGGCCUCCCGUCCCCAGAGUUGCCCAGCGAGCCAGGGAACGUCUGGUCCAGGAGCGAGGCGGAGCUGGGUGGGUGCCUGAGCACUUUGGUCCAGCACGAGAGGCUGCAGUCGAGGUUCCUCCUGAACUCCGUCCUGUACCAGGAAUACAGCGACGCCGCCAUUGCCCGGGAGAUCCAGCGGCAGCAGCGGGAGGAUGCCCUGGCGGAGGAGGAGGAGGCUGCCCUGGCGCCGCCCAAGACCAACCUGUCGCCCAGCAGUUCGUUCCGCUCGCAGCGCUCGUCCCGCGGCUCCACCUUCUCCCUAUGGCAGGACAUCCCGGACGUUCGGGGCAGCGGGCUGCUCAGCACCAUCAGCCUUCAGGAGUGCAAGCUGCAGGAGGCCAAGUUUGAGCUGAUCACCUCGGAGGCCUCCUACAUCCACAGCCUCUCCAUCGCGGUGGAGCACUUCAUGAACUCGCGGCAGCUGAACGAGUGCCUGGGGGCCCAGGAGAAGCAGUGGCUCUUCUCCAAGCUGCCCGAAGUGAAGGAAGUCAGUGAAAGGUUCCUGCUGGAGCUGGAGGAGCGGCUGGAGGCGAACAUCCUGCGCUUCGACAUCUGUGACAUCGUUCUGCGCCACUGCCCGGCCUUCCGCCGGGUCUACCUGCCCUACGUCACCAACCAGGCCUACCAGGAGCAGACCUACCAGCGCCUGCUGCAGGACAAUCCUAAAUUCCCAGGGAUCCUGGCAAAGCUGGAAGAGGGGCCAAUGUGUCAGCGCUUACCUCUCACCUCCUUCCUCAUCCUGCCCUUCCAGAGGGUCAUGCGCUUGCAGAUGCUGGUGGAGAACAUCCUGAAACGCACGUUGCAGGGCUCCCGAGAUGAGGCCACGGCCACCAAGGCCUUCAACCAGCUCAAGAAGCUCGUGAAGGAAUGCAAUGCCAGUGUCCAGUCCAUGAAGAGAACCGAGGAGCUCAUUCAUCUGAACAAGAAAAUCCACUUCGAAAGUAAGAUCUUCCCGCUGAUCUCGCAGUCACGCUGGCUCGUGAAGCACGGGGAGCUGGUGGAAGUGGACAUGCAGCUCAGCAGCACCCUCGCCGCCAUGUUCAAGCUCUCCACCAAGACGGUGUAUCUCCACCUCUUCAACGACUGCCUCUUGCUCUCCAGAAGGAAGGAGACAGGGAAAUUCGCCGUCUUUGUUCACGCCAAGAUGCCGGAGCUGAAAGUGACCGACCUGAGCAGGAAGCUUCACGGGGUCCCAGGACAAAUCUUCCACCUCCAGCUCUUCGACAGCCAGCGGCUGAAGCACCAGGUCUUGCUGCGGGCACAGACUGAGAGUGAGAAGCAGCGGUGGAUCUCGGCAAUGGUCCCCUCCAGCCCCCAAUCGGACAGGGAGCAUGUCACUGAGAACGCAGAUAUUGCCCAGGUCCAGUGCAUCAAGGCAUACAAGGCCCAGGAGCACGACGAGCUGAGCUUGGAGAAGGCGGACAUCCUGGGGGUCAAGACGAGGACCAGCGACGGCUGGCUCGAGGGGAUCCGCCUGUCGGACGGGGAGAGGGGCUGGGUCCCUCAGGGGCACGUGGAGGAGAUCACCAGCCGGGGUGCCCGGCUGCGCAACCUGCGUGAGAACGACCGGCUCAAGCGUGCCACGCGCAAGCUGGAGGAGGAGCAGGAGUGAGCCGGCCGGGGGAGACCCUGGGAACACAGCCUGAGCCCUGCAGCGUGGGCAGGACAAUGUACACAAUGCUGGGGGCAGGGCUGCCAAGCCAGCGCCCUGGGCACACCCACCGAACUGCACCGGGCAGCAGUAGCAACAGGUGGACGAUCUCUCACAGCCUCAGCGCUCCCCACUGCUGACUCAGG